AUGAACAUCUGUAGGCAUUCUGGCAAUUCGGGCGAGGAACGUAUCACAGUUACUGGAAAGAAAGCGAAUGUUGAAAAGGCUAUUGAUCAGUUGAACAAAAUUCAGAACGAACUGGCCAGCAUUAUUGUCAUUGAAGUCGAUAUACCUGUAAAGGUACAGGCUCGACUUCUUGGCAAUGGGCGCCGUCUUAUCUCUGACAUUGAAGAGGAAUGCGGAGGUGUACACAUCAGAUUCCCUGCUGAGAAGAGCGAAAGCACUAAGGUUACGAUACGUGGACCAAAGCCAGAUGCAGAAAGGGCACAAAAGUUACUUGUUGAUCUCGCUAAAGACAAAGAAGUCAAUCUCCACGAAGACACUGUAGUAGCGAAGCCUGAAUUCCAUAGAUUCCUCAUUGGAAAGGGGGGCACAAAAAUCAAUAAGAUGCGUGAAAACUAUGACGUUCGUGUGAUGUUCCCAAGAGAGACUGACACUGAUAAGGAAACUAUCCAUCUUCUUGGUAAGAAAGAUGAUGUCCUUAAAGUGAAGAAGGAGCUUGAAGAGAACAUAAAGCAGCUUAGUGAAACAGUGGAAAGCACGAUUGAGGUUGAUACCAAGCACCACCGACACUUUGUCAUGCGAGGAGCCGCUGUGCUUCGUGAGAUUCAGGAGCAGAACGGCGGUGUAGUUAUCUCUUUUCCCAAGAUGGGAAGUGACUCAACUACAGUUCACAUCAAAGGUUCUAAACAAUGCGUUGAGUCAGCAAAGGCCAGAAUUGAAGAGAUAGUUGAGGACAUU